AUGGGCUUGUUCAGUCGUCCCACUCUCGUCGCGAAGGGAGCAGAGGAAGUGAAGGGUAAGGAUAUCUGGCUCGACAAUGAUGAUCUCCGACCUCUCAAGUUGAAGGAUCGCACAUGGACACAACUCACAUAUUUCACCUUCUGGUUCUCAGCGGCCGCGACAGUGAGCAAUUGGUAUGGCGCUUCUGCUGCGCAAGCGCUGGGUCUGUCGAUGUGGGAAUCGUUGGCCUGCUCGUUUGGGGGUCAAUGCCUCAUUGGUGUCAUCAUCACCCUUAAUGGCCGGUCAGGGGCAGUUUACCACGUGGGGUUUCCGAUCCUCAAUCGCUCAGCUUUUGGAGUAUUUGGUGCAUGGUGGCCGACGUUUAACAGGGCGGUCAUGGCCAUUGUAUGGAACGGUGUCAAUGCUGUGCAAGGAGGCCAGUGCAUCUAUGUGAUGCUGCACGCGAUAUUUCCCAGCAUUGCAAACAUCAAGGACACAAUGGGUACGGGAUCAGCAUUGACGUCUGCCGGAAUGAUUGGCUUUGCAGUCUUCUGGCUCGUAACCUGCUUUUUCCUGGUGAUCCCAGUCCCCAAGAUGAAAAACCUCGUCUAUGCCAAGCUUGUCGUAUUCAUCAUCUCAGCUCUGGCCAUGCUUGGAUGGACAGUUUCAAAAGCUGGUGGCCUUGGCCCAGUAGCACGUCAAGGUUCGACUGUUCAUGGAAGUGAAAAAAGUUGGCUGAUUGUCCGGUUUUUGAUGCUGGGGGCCGCCAAUUGCGCAACCUUCGCUUCAAAUGCUCCUGACUUCCAACGUUAUGGAAGCCGCUCGAAGGAUCCAAUCCUUGGAAACUUAGUCGGGUUUCCUCUGGCCAACCUAGUCGUUGCUCUCAUUGGCAACAUCGUCGGAGCCUCAAGUCAAGUCAUCUUCGGCGAAUUGGUGUGGAACCCGAUUGAUUUCCUGGAUAUGCUCCAAACCACCGACUACACUGCGGCGAACCGGGCCGGAUGCUUCUUCAUCGCGCUCAUGUUCGCCUACUGCGCGAUCUUCUCAUCGAUCUUCGAGAACUCAUUACCCGCUGGCAACGAUCUUGCAGCACUGUGCCCCAAGUAUAUCAGUAUCCGGAAAGGGUUCUUCAUCUGCGCCGUUGUCUCCUUUGCCAUAAACCCGUGGUACUUAUUGGGCUCGGCGUCAAUUUUUGUCUCCUUUCUGGCAUCGUAUCAGAUCUUCUUGUCCUCCAUCACAGGCGUCUUGCUGUGUCACUACUACCUCAUCGCCCGUGGCUACCUUCAUAUCCCGGACCUGUUCACCUCCAACAAGGCUGGUGCAUAUUACUACAGCAAAGGUUGGAAUAUCAGGGCGUACAUCGCGUACGUUAUCGGCGUGGUCCCCAACUUCUACGGGUUUUUGAAUAAUAUGGGUGUCGAUGCGCCCAUUGGCGUCACAAAAUUCUACUACUUCGCGUACUGGGUGGGAAUUUUCGUCAGUGGAGCGGUUUAUUGGGGACUUUGCAAAGCAUACCCUCCGGCCAUCAUGUAUGACAAAGGGUGGAUGGAGCCAAAGAACUACAUUCGUCCAGAGGAGGACGAAGCUGUGCAGGUCCUAGACGCUCAAGGUAGUGACGUCGAAGCUGUCGGUUCGGGCAACGGUGCUGAGGGGAGUGACGGAGAAAAGGUCAUUGCGAGGGUCGCAGGCUUUGAGAAGGCUGACUGA